AUAAAGCUACAAGGUACGGGGACGUCCCCACACCGUCGCGGUCCGGCGCCGCAUCAAACACCGUGCCGCCCCCGGUACGUCGCGUCUUCCCCGUCCGAAUAUCGCCGUUGGCGACGUUCCAAAGUUGUGGGCCCAUUCCGAAUUUGAACGUUGAAAACAAACAAAAUUAAAUACUUUUUCAACGGCUAUUUUUUUAAUUUCCCCUCAUUUCACUUCCAUUUUUAUAAAUACUCACCCCUUUUACUCAUUUUUUCACAAAUUUUCACUAACUACAAUCUCACAUCUCUCUCACAUUUUAUAACCCUCAUCCCUUUUUAUAAAAACUCAUCUAUUUUUUUCACCCGCUACCACCCCAUCUCUCGCUAAAAAAUUAUCAUGGCUUCACCCAUUUCUUCCAUUUCUUCAAUUUCUUCUAUGUCUUCAUCGUCUUCGUCUGCGUGGUAUUCAUCAUCGUCCGAAGAGGAUGCUAUUAUGCACAACAUGAUUAUGAACGCGGCUCAGGUGUUCAUGGCGUCUGAUGAAGGGUCGUCCCAACGGCUAACUAGACGAGCAAAAUAUAACCGAGACCAAGAAGCCGGCCACGAUAAACUAGUAGCCGAUUAUUUUGCCGACGAACCCGUGUACCCAGCCGAGAUUUUUCGACGUCAUUUCCGCAUGAGUCGUCCACUGUUUUUACGUAUUGCAGGCGACAUGGCCCAAUCUGAUCCGUUUUUUACAUUGCGAAACGACGCUAGGGGGCAAAGGGGUUUCAGUAAUUUACAAAAAUGUACGUCGGCCAUUCGCCAACUUGCGUACGAUUACGCACCCGAUGCAUUAGACGAGUAUAUUAGGAUGUCUGAAAGAACCGCAAGUCGAUGUUUGCACAAGUUUUGCCAAUGGGUUGUCAAAUUGUAUAGCAAGCGAUAUCUGCGGAAACCGAACGCAAACGACGUUCAAAAAUUAUAUCAAGCACACGAACAGAGACAUGGUUUCCCAAGAAUGCUCGGGAGCAUUGAUUGCAUGCACUGGCAGUGGCAGAACUGCCCGGUUGCAUGGCAAGGUCAGUAUACUAGGGGAGAUCAGGGACAUCCCACUAUCAUUCUAGAGGCUGUUGCGUCACAGGAUCUCUGGAUAUGGCAUGCUUUUUUUGGUCUACCUGGUUCGCUCAAUGACCUUAACAUCAUAUACCAGUCACAGAUAUUUGAGGAUGUAGUGGCGGGUACAGGUCCAGACACAAGCUUUACGGUUUUAGGGGUGGAGUACAGGCGAGGUUACUACCUAGCCGAUGGGAUUUACCCAACGUACUCGACAAUCGUUAAAACUAUCCCGCACCCGACCGACGACAAAAGAAAAAAGUUUGCGAAGUUUCAAGAGGGUGCAAGAAAAGAUAUUGAACGGGCUUUUGGUGUUAUACAAAAAAAUGGCACAUCAUUUCACAUCCAGCACGUUCGCAAACACCAAGGAGGUUACGACACAUUAUGUACGCUUGUAUCAUCCUUCAUAACAUGAUCAUUGAAGACAAAGGGAGAGCGAUAUGCGAGUACGACGAAAACGCGUCUACUGGAAAUUCUGUUGCAGUUAGUGAGGAACAACAAGAUUUGAACGCCUUCGCUCUACGUAACGAGUACACACAUCACAACCUACAAGCGGAGUUGGUGGAGUACAUUUGGAACAACGCUCCAAACGAACCCGACCACGACAUGGAAGACGAAGACUAGUAGCUUAUUUUAAUAUAUUAGGAUAUUUUUAAGUUUUUUUUUAACUUUAUUUUUUUUAAGUUUAUGUUUUUUUUUAAUUUAUUUUUUUAAAUUUAAUUUUUUUUAAGCUUAUGUAAUGUUUUUUAAUAUUAAUGAAAAUAUUUUGUUAC